GUUCGAAUGUCAAAGAACCUUCUUGGAGGAAUUUGUCUUUAUAUUUAGAAGGCGCUGACUAAUCUCCUUUCCAAAUCUGGAGUAAAUUUGUUAUCCUACAAUUCUACUCAUAAAUCAAUUCGAGGUACGCUGGCUGACAUUUCCCUGCAGCAGAACCGCAUCAUCUCUAGUUUUCAUAAGAUUUUCGUAAGACUGCCGAUGCUGAAGCUGCAAUCCGCGCUCUCAAAGCACAAUUAGGUGCUCAACAAGUCAGCUUCGAGCAGCUAUGUGAGACUCACAAAGAUAUAGAGACAAAGCUAUAACAACUGCUGGAUGGGUACAAGUCCAGAUUUCUGGAGCUUGAGGGGAGAAUAUCAGGAGGCUGAUAAUCUACGAGGUAAAAUGUAUGAAUGACGAAGGAAAUUCUCAAAGACAUGAUGAUCUCUUUAUUAGUACCCAUCAACAUACUACACAUAUUCAUUCUUGUUGAGAAGUUGAAAGAUGAACAGAAUAUCUUUAUUGCGCUAGGUAACCGAAAGCAGGUAAUUGUCAAUUCUAUCACCUUUGAGUAUCUUAAGGAAAACAACUUCAAUCCUUCUUCUCCUUCUUCUCCAUCUUCCUCCAUAAACUCCGUCAAAAUGAAGGUCCUCGAGCCCAGCACAGAGGCUUUGCUCGAUGAAAAUGCUAGAUCCCAGUUGCUCUAUGAUCGCUAUCACCAGCUCGCAGCUAUCGAUAUCAGGAAGUCUCAAGGCUUAGUUUUGUACAAGCAAGAAAUCGAAAAAAUUGAGGUGCAAAAACCAAUCUAUUACAAACGUAUCAAUCAGAUGCGUGAGAGGCUUUUCGGAUCCUUGGAUGAUGACCAAAAAGUCUUGGGCCCAAUUCAAGUCUCUCAAGGUGAUAUCAAAGUGACUUUGGGUACUGAAAAUGAUCAAAAGAACAUCGACAAUGCAUGGGAGGAGUAUAUGAAGCAUGAGAUCAAUGGUCUUGUAGCCAAAGACGCUCAUACAGCUUCUGCUGACGAAGGACAGAGGAAGAAAUUAUUGAAGGAUAUAGAAAUAUUUCGAGGCUUCGGUUGGGCUGAAGAAAGCCACGGCAAUAUCUCUGCUUGUGAUCCCGAAUCAGCAGAUUCUGCUUCUGACAAAAUGGCGUCUCACAACAUCAAACUCGAGAACACCAAAGGGAAAUUGAGACACACCCAGGAAGAUAACGCUUCUCUAGUCGCUGCAGAGGCUGAGAAAACUAGGGAGGUAAAAAAUGCACUUGUAUCUGCUCAGUCAAUGCUCAUCCAGGCAAACAAGAGAGUCGCACUACUAGAAUUCACAUUGAACAACAAAAAUCACCCCAUGCAUGAUGUUUUAACCUUUUCCUUCGCCAUCAGCUUACGAUUCUUCAACUUGUCGACCCGACACAAUAAUUUCGGUAACUUCACUCCCAUUCCAGAGCGCGGGAUCACAGAUGUAGGGGCGAUUGAUCGCGGUUCUGCUGCUGCACACAGUGGCAAUGUCAGAGCUCACGCAUACAUGAUCAUCAAGGAUUCUAACGGUCUCUUUAAGAACUGCGGUGAAAUUUUCAAGGCUCAUUAUGCAGUUACACACGAGGAGGUAUUCCAGAGCAAAUUCGAUAAGUACAGCAUGGACUCUAAGAAUACCGAGAUCGCCAACUACAGAGGCUCUAUGGUACACUGUAUGUCAUUCUCUAAGCUCACCCAUGAUUCAAACGGCGAUAAUCGAUUCGAAACUCUCCGGAAGCAGUGCGAAGUGAAGUAUCAGUCACAUCUCAAAAAUUCGGCAUCAGCAGCCGAGGCGCAGAAGAAGUUCGAUAGCGAUGGAUCUGUGGGCGGAAUGGUCAUUGAGAUGAAGAAGAUAUCGAAGCAUAUUGCAUGGCUGGAGAGAAAAAGAAUAAAGGCUCAGUUUUCGGAAAGUGACAGUUAUAUAGAUAGUGAUAGUGACUAAGGGUUCAGUACAACCUCAUGAGAAUUGCGAUGGCAUCAUCUAGAGAUAAACUGGGCAAGGGUCGAGUGCUUCUUGUCGUAGACAGCCAAUCUUGCGGGUAUGAAACAGAAAUAAGUGCAAUAGAAUCUUUAGCUGCAGGAAACUAUAUUUAUGGUUCCUUAUCAUAAAGAACAAUUAAAUGAAGCACAAAUAAACA